GAUCACGAAUUAGAAAAUGAAUUAUUUGCAGCAUACGAACAAUAUUUGUUUGAAUUAGGCUUUAACCUUCUUAAUAAAUCCAAAGAAACAACCAAAUCUGCCACCAAAGAAAUAACUAGAUCUGUCGAUGUUCCACCCACUC